AUGACUUCCAUCUUCCGAAACUUCCUGGAAGCCAUCCUACCAGCCUGGCUCACCAACACCACAAGUCUUUCCCAUCCCCCUAACACCGAUGACAACAACGAUACCAACAUGUACCACCCCUCCUCCGCCCGCGAAGUCUACCACGUAGCCUUCCUGCUCCGUCAAAUCCUCGUCGCAGACCUAAUCCCCAUCAUCCUCGACUUCGCUGAAUACUGGCCCAGAACCACCUACUCCUGCCAAGAAUCAAAGACCUACGUGCAACACACAGCUGGACGACCAUACCUCAGCGCCGUCCUCAGCAAUGCGGUGUGCGGACCGCGAAUGAUACGCAAGAUCGAGAUCCACGUCACGAGCCACGAUCAGGGUUGGAGUAGUUUUCCGCAGGAUCAUGGGACGUAUAAUGGGAGUUGGACGUGGUUUGAGGCCGAGGUACGCUCGGCAGGAAGUGUGGGUGAGGAUGAGGAUGAGCAUUGUGUGAAAAAAGAGUUGUGCAGGAAUGUGCAUGCCGAUGCUACGGAUAAAACGCAUACAACUACGUGGAGAUACGACGCUGAGGAUGAUGGAGAGAGAGAUUUGGUUCGGUCUCUGGGGCCUGGGAGUUCGAUUUCGGUGGUUCCUUGGGCUAGGUUCCCGGGCUGGCAGAAUUAUGUUACAUGUGCCAGUGUGGAUGUCUACGCUGUUGCUGUUAGGAAGUUAUGA